AUGCCAUCCAGACUGAGGAAGACCUGGAAACUUCGGGGCCACGUGAGCCAUGGCCACGGCCGCAUCAGUAAGCACAGGAAGCACCCAGGAGGCCAAGGUAAUGCUGGUGGCUUGCAUCAUCACAGGAUCAACUUUGACAAAUAUCACCCAAGUCACUUUGGGAAAGUUGGUAUGAGACACUACCACUUAAAGAGGAACCAGAGCUUCUGCCCCACUGUCAACCUGGAUAAACUAUGGACCUUGGUCAGUGAGCAGACGCGGGUCAAUGCUGCCAAAAACAAGACCGGAGCCGCUCCCAUCAUUGAUGUGGUGCGAUCAGUCUACUACAAAGUUCUGGGGAAGGGAAAGCUCCCAAAGCAGCCUGUCAUUGUGAAAGCCAAAUUCUUCAGCAGAAGAGCUGAGGAGAAGAUUAAGAGUGUUGGUGGGGCUUGUGUGCUGGUAGCUUGAAGCCACAUGGAUGGGAAAUCAUUAAAUGUUCACAAGUGCUUUUGUCUUCU